AUGGCAUUAAAAUCAUGGACUAAAGAUGUAUUUUCAACUUGGAUUAAUGGUCUUGCUCGUAUUAUAAACUAUGAAGUUUCAACUUAUCAUAUAACUUCCACAAUUAAAGUUAAAACAAGAACAAAAUGUUUACCGUUGUUGCCUAGUAUGGAACAUAAACAUAAAUAUCAAAUAUCUAUUAACAGACAAAUAGUUUUUGAACUCAUUGCAAUUGUUAUUUUUCUAGCUCAACAUAAUUUAGGAUUUCGGGGUCAUAAUGAAAAAUGGUCUAAUGCGUUAUUAAAAGGAAAUUUUAAAGAUUUGGUUCUAUUAAUGACAAAGCAUUCUGGUUCUCUUGCUGAAAAUAUUACAAAAUUACAAUCUAAAGGAAAAAAGGAAUUGUCAUUUAUUAGCUGGGAAAGACUAUACCAGUUAAUUGACUCCAUUGCUCAAGAUAUUGCAUCACAAAUUCAGACAAAUGUAAAACAAUCAAAAUUUUUUAGUAUUGUAUUCGAUUCUACAUUUGACACGUCACGAAAAGAACAAGUAUCAUUUAUUAUCCGAUAUGUUUGUCCUAAUACUGGUUCUAUUUUUGAAAGGUUAUUAGCUAUACGAGAAUCUCCUAAUACUUGUGGAAGUUAUCUCUUCAGUUUGUUUAUAAAUGUAAUGAAAAACCAUAACCAUUGGAUCAAUGAUUUAGUUGGACAAUCAUAUGAUGGUGCGUCAAAUAUGCGAUGUAUGUACAACGGUCUGCAAGAUUUAGUUAAAGCAAAAAAUAAACGUGCAACAUUUGUGUGGUGUCACGCUCACAGGUUAAAUCUCGUUGUAAAAGAAUUAGUUUUAUCGAGUGUAGAUUCAAUAAAUAUAUUUGGGAACCUGGAGACAUUAUAUUCGUUUAUAUGGUGUGCUAAAAAAAGAGUUGCUCUUUAUAGACAAUUUCAAGAAAAUCAUUACAAUAAUUCAAAAAAGCAUCAACUCAUGGCUUUAAAACGUAUGUAUCUACUACUAGGUGGUCUUCUCAUUCAACAUCAUUAG